UUUUCCUGCCCUCUCCUCACUCCCUGGCGCUCUCUCGCUCUAGCUCUCUCUCGCGCUCGCUCUCUCUUGCUCUCACCCUCGCUCUGCGUUCUGUCCGGGAGGAGUACCCAGAAGCCAAUAGGAUGCGGGGUCUCUAAUGGAUGCAAAUGAUGGUGAAAAGACGGGGCAAAAUAUGAAACAACUCAUUUGGAGGGAAGUAAAUCACCGAAAACUGUUUAUGAACUGGCAUCCCUUCUUCGAAAUGUAAAGCGAGGACCUCUUUAAGUGGCGCCCCCAACUACAGCCUGCGCCGCCGCCGCCGCCUCAAAAUUCAAUAAAAUGAGCUCUUAUUUCGUCAACUCACUGUUCUCCAAAUACAAAACUGGGGAGUCCCUGCGCCCCAAUUAUUAUGACUGCGGCUUCGCCCAGGACCUGGGCGGCCGACCCACCGUGGUGUACGGUCCCAGCAGCGGCGGCAGCUUCCAGCACCCGUCGCAAAUCCAGGAGUUCUACCACGGGCCAUCGUCGCUGUCCACGGCUCCCUACCAGCAGAACCCGUGUGCCGUGGCGUGCCACGGGGACCCCGGCAACUUCUACGGCUACGACCCGCUGCAGCGCCAGAGCCUGUUCGGUGCGCAGGAUCCAGACCUGGUGCAGUACGCAGACUGCAAGCUCGCGGCCGCCAGCGGCCUGGGCGAGGAGGCCGAGGGGUCUGAGCAGAGCCCGUCGCCCACACAGCUCUUUCCCUGGAUGCGCCCUCAAGCAGCCGCCGGACGCAGGCGAGGCCGCCAGACCUACAGCCGCUACCAGACCCUGGAGCUGGAGAAGGAGUUCCUAUUUAAUCCCUAUCUGACUCGCAAGCGGAGGAUCGAGGUAUCGCACGCGCUGGGACUGACAGAGAGACAGGUCAAAAUCUGGUUCCAGAACCGGAGAAUGAAGUGGAAAAAGGAGAACAACAAAGACAAGUUCCCCAGCAGUAAAUGCGAGCAGGAGGAGCUGGAGAAAGAGAAGCUGGAGCGGGCGCCAGAGACCGCCGAGCAGGGCGAUGCGCAGAAGGGUGACAAGAAGUAGGCUCCAGCUGGGACUGCUUGGGCCGGGGCUUGCCCGCACGUCCGCCGGUCCCUCCCGCGACCACGCCGCUGCCGCCCGCUCCCCCGCCUCCGAGAGCUCCGGCCCCGCGAGCGGAGCCAGGAGCUGGGCCUCCCACCGCAGCGUCCCCCGCCGCGCCAGUCCCCGCUAGUGGUAGUAUCUCGUAAUAGCUUCUGUGUGUGAGCUACCGUGGAUCUCCUUCCCUUCUCUUGGGGGCCAGGGGGAAAAAAAGAAAAGGAUUUUAAACAAGGACUCCCUCGCCCUGCGAGGGUGAGCGACUGCUGCCUGCCAGAGCCCCCUCGCCCCCCGCCCCAUGUAAAAAUGCCUCCUUGUGCAAUGGUCUUUUUCCUUUGAACGUGCUUCUUUGUAAUGACCAAGGUACCGAUUUCUGCUAAGUUCUCCCAACAACAUGAAACUGCCUAUUCACGCCGUAAUUCUUUCUGUCUCCCUCUCACUUUCUCUCUCUCUCUUUCUCUCUCUCUUUCACCGCGUCCUCAUCUUUCCCCGCUCCCCGCUGCCCUCCCUAGCUCGCUGGCUUUCUCUCUUGCUUCUCGCUUUUCUUCCUGUCCCCCCCCCCCACCCCCUUUGGUUUGACAAUUUUGUCUUAAGUGUUUCUCAAAAGAGAUUACUUUAGUUAGCAUGCGCGCUGUGAGCAAUUGUUAAAAGUGUUCUUAGGUUUGCUGUGAAGAGAAUGUAUCCUGUAUCCGUGAAUUGCUUUAUUGGGGGGAGGGAGGGCUAAUUAUAUAUUUUGUUGUUCCUCUAUACUUUGUUCUGUUGUCUGAGCCUGAAAAGGGCGGAAGAGUUACAAUAAAGUUUACAAGCGAGAACCCGA